AUGAAGGCUCAGCAUUUCAAGCCAAAUGAAAAAUAUGAAGAAAUAUUACGGGAAAAAACAACCUCUCAAUCUGAUAUUGAUCAAUGUGAAGCAUACUACCAAGCUGCCGGGGGAGAAAAGAAGAAAAAAAUAUACGGUCUUGGAUAUGAAGCAAAAACUUACUAUGGGCAGAAUCUUUGUGCCUCAUCAUCUGUAGCACCUUCAGUUUCUCAAUCAACAUCGACAAGAAAUAUGGAUGUGUUUGUGAAAGAAAUGAUUCCUGCCCUUACUAAUUAUUUUCUUCCGGUUAUUAUGGAGCGGGUACAACAAGUGGUUACUCCCAUUGACAAUCCAUCACUUGUGACACCCAUGGUGCCUCCUCCUGCUACUACUAAUGAGGACGAGGUUGAUCCCUUAGUUUCAAGUGACGAGGGUAUCCCUUAA